GCUUCCUCUCCCGCCCCCUGCGUGUCACUCGUGCUCUUUGCAUAUGUGGCCCUCCCCGCAGCCCCAUAUACCCUCUCCCUCGCGCCAGCCGAGGCCAGAGGAGGAGCAGGAGGCGAGGCAGCGGUGUGCACGCUGCGGCCCAGCCUCCUUUUGCCAGCGCGAGCCGCCCGCCUUCUCUUGCCGCAGCGGCACCACAGCCACCGCCAAGCCCUGCCUGCUUCACUCACAGACACGCUGAGGCGGUCGGCCAAGGAGGACCGCGCUGCUUCUCUUGCCUUGAAGAGGAAAGACAGCCGCUCUCGGCUCGGGCGAAGGAGGCUGAAGGACGCACACAGAGAGGGAGGGUGGCACAGAGGCAUCCGCUAAAACUGGGGCGAGGAGAAAAGACCGGCCCCGGCUCCCGCUCUCCUUUCGCUGCUUCCAUGCCGUGAGCUGCCCUGGUCUGAGGAGGCAGGACUGGAGGCGACCCCGUGGAAGCGCCGUCUGAUAUGUGCUUGUUGUUUUUAUGUGGCUUCAAAUCGAUUAUGACUUAUGGCGACCCUAUGAAUCAGUGACCUCCAAGAGCAUGAGCUACCCUGUUCAGAUCUUGUGUGGAAGAAAAUGUCCGUCAGCAUGCAUGAGAAUCGCAAAUCUAGAGCCAGCACUGGCUCCAUAAACAUAUAUUUAUUCCACAAAUCUUCAUAUGCUGACAGUGUCCUCACUCAUUUGAAUCUUCUGCGCCAACAGCGUCUUUUUACAGAUGUGCUUCUCCAUGCUGGGAACAAGUCAUUCCCUUGCCAUAGAGCUGUCCUAGCAGCUUGCAGUCGCUACUUUGAAGCCAUGUUCAGUGGAGGACUCAAAGAGAGCCAAUCCAGUGAAGUCAACUUCCAUAAUUCCAUCCACCCAGAGGUUCUAGAACUUCUCCUGGACUAUGCUUACUCCUCAAGAGUCAUCAUCAAUGAAGAAAAUGCAGAGUCUCUUUUAGAGGCAGGUGACAUGUUGGAGUUUCAAGACAUCAGAGAUGCUUGUGCAGAAUUCUUGGAGAAGAACCUUCAUCCUACUAACUGCCUUGGUAUGCUGCUUCUGUCGGAUGCUCAUCAAUGUACCAAACUUUAUGAGCUCUCUUGGAGGAUGUGCUUAAGCAACUUCCAGGCUAUUAGCAAAAGUGAAGAUUUUCUCCAGCUCCCAAAAGACAUGGUUGUACAGCUCUUGUCUAGUGAAGAAUUAGAGACUGAAGAUGAGAGGCUGGUGUAUGAGUCCACCAUGAACUGGAUUAACUAUGAUCUGAAUAAACGCCAUUGCUGUCUACCAGAACUGUUGCAAACUGUGAGACUGGCUCUUUUGCCAGCCAUCUAUCUAAUGGAGAACGUUGCUACUGAGGAGCUUAUCACCAAGCAGAGAAAGAGCAAAGAGAUAGUUGAAGAAGCAAUAAGGUGCAAAUUGAAGAUUUUGCAGAAUGAUGGUGUAGUCACCAGUUUGUGUGCGAGGCCUCGAAAAACUGGUCAUGCUCUAUUUCUUUUGGGAGGACAAACCUUUAUGUGUGACAAGUUGUACCUGGUUGACCAAAAAGCAAAGGAGAUCAUCCCAAAAGCUGACAUCCCAAGCCCGAGAAAAGAGUUUAGCGCAUGUGCUAUCGGCUGUAAAGUCUAUAUUACUGGUGGCCGGGGAUCUGAAAAUGGAGUCUCUAAAGAUGUUUGGGUGUACGAUACACUUCAUGAAGAGUGGUCCAAGGCUGCUCCCAUGCUAGUAGCUCGGUUUGGCCAUGGUUCUGCUGAACUCAAACAUUGUCUUUAUGUUGUAGGAGGGCAUACAGCAGCCACUGGUUGCCUUCCAGCUUCUCCUUCAGUAUCCUUAAAGCAAGUAGAACAGUAUGAUCCUGUGACCAACAAAUGGACGAUGGUUGCUCCACUUCGAGAAGGAGUAAGCAAUGCAGCUGUAGUCAGUGCAAAGCUAAAGCUGUUUGCUUUUGGUGGUACUAGUGUCAGCCAUGAUAAGCUACCCAAAGUUCAGUGUUAUGACCUUUGUGAAAACAGAUGGACAGUACCAGCCACCUGCCCCCAGCCCUGGCGAUACACAGCUGCAGCUGUUCUGGGCAACCAGAUUUUUAUUAUGGGUGGAGAUACUGAAUUCUCUGCAUGCUCAGCUUAUAAAUUCAACAGUGAAACUUACCAGUGGACUAAAGUGGGAGACGUUACAGCUAAGAGAAUGAGCUGCCAUGCAGUAGCAUCAGGAAACAAGUUGUAUGUUGUUGGGGGAUAUUUUGGCAUCCAGAGAUGCAAAACACUAGAUUGCUAUGAUCCUACUCUAGAUGUAUGGAACAGCAUAACCACAGUGCCCUACUCCUUAAUUCCCACUGCAUUUGUGAGCACGUGGAAGCAUCUCCCUUCUUAACAGCAUGUGUGCCUAUACAGCUUAUUCCAUUAUUUGGUGAAGAAACGUUGGAACUUCUACCUUGGAGAAGCAGCUUUAAUGAAGAAAAACUGUUUGGUUUUAUUUUGUGUUUGAAGAAAAUGUUCUGCACCUUCCAAAUUCUUAAAAGCUGGAAAUGAAGGAAUGGGAGGGGGAAUAUUGUCUUCAGUAUAUCAGCCCAUGGUUUAACUAUGAAUGAAUGAACCUAUGAUCCUUGUGUUAGUAAUUGUGGAUUAAUGUCAAGUGUAAUCAGCCCUUCAAAGCAGGGGGAUGGGGGAGGCCUGAACUCUUCAGAGCUGCACAACACAGCACAAACCCUCAAUUUUCAUGGACUUUGCUGUUUGUGUGCAAAAUUUGAAAUGGUUGUCACCUCCCUUUUGUGACAACUUGAAGUGUCAGCAGCAGCUGCAGAGGAAACAGGCCAGGUCUGAAGCAGCAAGAUGUCUUUGUGAAUGAAGAUGCAGCUGAAUCCCCCACCAGAGGGAAGAACUUGUUUUCCUAGGCAGUGUCUAGAGCAUCAGUUUAAAUUUUUAAAUGGCUGAGCUGCAUUGUUGUAGCUGCAGUGAGUAAUCUACUACUUGCUAAGGAGUGGCACACCUAUUAAAAAGAAAAGAAAAAAGUUUUGCAGCAUUUGUGGGUGAAGGGAAAUAACUCAUUUUUCCACUACCCCCACAUAUUUUAUUUCCUCUUGUAUUUAUUCAUUACAACUGUCCUACUCUUAAAUUGUGACUUGUUGUAGAUAUAGCUAUUUAUUGUUCAGUGCUUGCAUGCGGAAACAAUGCCUAGAGUGGUUUUCAAGUUAUAAGGGCUUAUGUGAAUCGUAUGUGUUGCACAUUCUGUGGUCUCUGACUUGCUUGGCUGCACAAAAAAAUGCUGAGUGAUACUUGAGGUAAGGCGAAUGAGGUAGGGGUCAGAAAUUGAAGGAUUACAAGAUAGCAUCUUAAAUUACACAUACACUGAAGGAAGAAGCCAAGGAGGUUACUUUCUCAGGCCACUGACUCCCUACGUUACAUGCAGUGUGGCUUGCCAGCCAGUGGUAUCCCUGUUACACUUUUCCUCGCCAUACCUUUUUGAAUGAACUCAUCUGGAAGCAGACACAAUCACUUAACAGCUUUCUUCUUGUGCAGCCCCAUCGCUACUGGAAAAGAGGGGGAGCCCAUGCAGAAUUUCUUUGCACAGAGCCCUGUUUAUGGCAUUAUCUAGCAUUUAUUUUGUUUAUUUAUUUAUUUAUAUUUAGCUGAUGGGAUGUUUACCAUUGACCCACUUCAUCCAACCAAGGGAAGUAUUUCUGAUUCAAAUUUGGAACAAAAUACAUAAGAGGGGAGAGGGAUUUUUUGUUUAUUUGUUUAGCCUUUAAAAAAAAAUAACACUGACUUUGUCCACCCCCUUUUGAAUUGAAAUUGUAAUCACACAUGCACACACACAUACUCAGCCACUCCAUCAUCAAUAUCUUACAAGGUUAGGCCUAUUAUUAGGAAUGACAAAUGAGAAAAAGUUACUAAGUCCUUAAAUAUUUGUAUUAGUUCCUCAGUCAGUUAGUAAGUUAUGCUUUCAAAUGCAUUGUACCUAGAAGUGUCACAUAGUAUCAUGAUCAAAAUUCUCCCCCUCUAAUUAAUUUUCUUAAUGUAUUCUUACUUUCAAGUCUGAUCAUUCCAUUCUUGUUUUUUACAGUGUGUUCCUUUGCCAGACUUUUAGUUGUGCUAUUCAUGAGAAUUGAUGCAGCCCAAACAGCAUAAAGCUGCCAGUCCUCAUUGUGAUUGCUUGUCUUGUCUUAAUGGUGUAUAAGCAAAUUACUUUAAAAUGCAUGCAUGCAUGCCUAAAAGGAAUGAAGAUGAUUAUGAUGAUGCUUGCUUACAUGAUGAUAAUAAUGAUGAUGUAGCUCAUCUCUUGCCCUCUUACCAUAUGGAACAAUACUUACAGUAUUCUUAGAGUGCAUUCCUAUGUGUUUACACAGAAGUAAACUCCACUGUGUUCAGUGGGUCUUUCUUUAUAGUAAGUACAUUUAGGAUGGCAGCAUCAGUCUUAAGAAUUUUCUCAUGCUGCCAUGGGCUAAUUUUUCUGACUCUCAAUAUGUGCAUUUCUUAGGUAUUAUCUUUAAUGAGAAAUGGAUGUGUGUGCAAUUUUGCAAAUAGUGAAUUGUGGUUCUUAAUAUGGCUAGCAGAAAGGUUUUUAAGAAACUCUGUAAACUACACGAUCCUUACAUUUUGAUUUGCAGACCACUGCUUUGCAUUCUUUUGACAAGAUCUCUUAUUUUCUGAUACUACAAUUACAGCUAUAACAAGGAAGGCUGUUUUACAGGAUUCCAGAAUAAAACUGCUUCUGAACUCUGAUUCAAAUGUACUGAGUGCCUGGGGUGAAGGAAAAGAGAAGGUGUUGCUAGGUUUGUGCAGGUUAACAUCUUAGAUGUUAACAUCAUUUUAGUCAAGAUGCAAAUAUUAAGGGCCAGCACACUUGGGACAGCUGCACUGAACUGCAAAAGUUGUGAUUUACUACCGGCCACUCUUUGCUGUGGAAAAGGCUGUUGUCAUUUACUGAUAAUUAGUUUAAAGAUCACUGCUGAAAUUUGCUGUGAAAAAGAUUCUACACAGCAGCAACAUAAAAUGCCAAUGGGAAGACCUUUUUAAGAAAUAAUUAUGAAAUAAACCCUUUUCCAAAUAAUGCACAGCUGAUGGUUUCAAACUUGGAAAAAGCUGUAAAACAUUACUUUUACAAAAAGUCCACCCAAAUUAAAUGUUUAUAUAAAGUCUACCACUGCAAAUCCUUUGUGCCGGAGUUCCUCUCGCAUUAAAUUUGGAAGUCUCUCUGUCCUUAUAUGCAUAUAAAGUAACCCAUAAAGCAUGGCUGAACUGUAAGAGUUUUGGUAUUCACUUACCACAGGCCCAAGGUGUUUUGAGUAAAUGACCAAAAAUCCCUUGUUUUCUUUGUUGAGAGAAGUGACAGAAUUCUGUCUGCAGCAGCUCUCUAUAUAGCUGUUUAGCUUAUGACACAAAUCUGAUUUGUAAUAACAUCCAAUUUCCUAAAGCACCCAAAGAUUCUACAGUUGUAUUUCAAAGCAGUGGUUUGCUUUCAAGUCCUUGGAUUUAAUUCUUGGGUAUAGGCUGAGGAAAACUGAAAAUCAGGGUGGGCCUCUAGCCCUGCAGGCAAAUAGUUUGGGCUCCCAUUCUUUGCAUAGACGUGGGAAUCCUGGCUCACUAUGUGGGGAUUCCAGUCCGAAAAACAGCCCACACUUCUGAGACAAAUACAGUUCACACAAGAGUACACACAAAACCCAUGGCAUAAGACGAGAAAAGUUCUUAUUUUGUGGGCUGGUUGCUGUGGAAACGUGGAACAAAGGACAGCCUACCACUUCUGGUAUAAUUGUGUAGGCCCUUUUCUCUAGGCCUGACACCUGUCUGGAUAAGAGUGAUUAGAGCUGAAUAGUGUCCCUUGUCUUAUAAUUGAAGAUGUGGUUCACGUACCAAAAAUAAGGGAGGAAAGUUGUAUAAGAAGUAAAAUGUCUAUGUUGUGUCUCUUUGCUACUACAUUUUGAGAUUUUGUAAAACUGCAUUUUUUUCACAAUGUGAAACUGAAGGUCAAUAAAUUAUUAGAGAGUUUCUCUUUAA